AUGGAGCAGUUUUGCGGAGAGCCCUUUUGGGUGAGUUUUAUUUUGUUGCGAAAAGCUCUAAGCCAGAAAAUUUCAGGACUCUCGGAUAUGGAAAUCCCCAAGUCUGCCAAGCCUACCAAAAUGCUAUCAACAUACAGUGCUCAUCUGGAUCCCUACAGCAAUUCUCUUCAUUUUGGCAUCAAUCAAUAUUUUCCACCUGUUUUUCCGCCGUCAAAACCCGCUACCUUGGAGUUUCAAGCUGAACCUGAAAGUUGGGAUAAGUAUGAUUCUUGUAGCUGACAGUUUUGCAAUUCUUGGAAUGGCUUUUUAUGAGGAAAUUGUGCAAAGAGAUGUGUAUUUGGUGGAUUUUAUUUAUCCAAGUGUUCUGGCUAUUGAUAUGGUGAGAUUAUAAUCGUUAGGUUUUCCCAGAAUAUUUGUUUUUUUGCAGAUUCUCCUGUGCACUUUGAUUGUGUCCUUUCGAACCUAUGGAAUCGUCACCUCCGUCGGACUUUUCCUAUCAUAUCUCUCAUUUUUGAUAUGCGCCACCCCUGAACUCAUCUCCUGGAUCAAUCAACUCACAACCCCACCAAACCCCAAAAACUCCAGACUCGACAUCUUCGAGCUCCCCAAAUUCACCGCAUUCCUCAUCUUAUACUCCGGCUAUCUGAUUCAAACAAUUUUGCAUUGUUUCGCCGAUUCCGCUCAAACCGCCUACAAAUCCAUCAAAAACCAGAGUCCCGAGAUGAGUUCGUCGUUUUUGAACCGGAUUACGAUGUGGUGGUUCAAUGAUUUGUGUAUUUUGGGUGUCAAGAAACCGCUGGAAAUUGGUGAUUUGUAUGGGUUGAAUAUGGGAGAUAUUUCGGCGAUUUUGGUUCCGAAAUGGUUUAGAACUUGGAGAACUCAGGGAGCAAAAAAGGCGGAUUUCAACCAUAAAAAUAGCAUUAUUUGGUGCUUAUUCUUGAUGUUUAAAUGGGAAAUCAUUUCGGCAAUGUUAACAAAAGCUGUCAGUGACAUUCUACUCUUCUGCAAUCCAAUGCUCCUCAAAGGUCUCAUUCGAUUCAUCGAGCAAAAGACUGUGCAACCCACGUGGCAUGGUGUAAUCCUCGCGGUUCUCAUGUUCAUCUCAGCCGAACUCUCUUCGGUUCUCCUCUCACACUAUUACUAUUUGAUGUAUCGUGUUGGAACUCGAGUGCAGACUUGUUUAACAGCGGCCGUUUAUCGGAAAACGUUACGAUUGUCGAAUUCGGCGAGGCGCGAGAAGACUGUUGGAGAAAUUGUGAAUUUGAUGGCGAUUGAUGUGGAUCGAUUUCAGACGAUUACACCGCAAACUAUGCAGUAUUGGUCGAAUCCGUUUCAGGUUGGCUGGAUCUUUGAACUUUGACAAGGGAACUGUUUCAACUUGAAAUCGAGAUUAUGUGUUUUCUAGUAGUUUUCGACCCGCUGAUCACGAUCCCGCUGUCUAAAACUGCAAAACUCAACUCCUAUCAUGAGUUAUGACUUGGCAAAGUUGGAAAAUUGGAACUUUGGAGGGUGAGAACUAGCCUUCAAAAUUAUUUUCAUGAAAUUCUGAUGGCAUAGCGUUGUUCAGGAGGCUCGGGAUUUUUGUAUAAACCAAAAUUUAUGUAAUCGACCUUUCUGAACAACCUUAUGCUUUUACAUUUGCAUGAAAAUAAUUUUGAAGGCUAGUUCUCACUCUCCAAAGUUCCAAUUUUCCAACUUUGCCACGUCAUAACUCAUGUUAGGAGUCGAGCUUUGCAGUUUUAGACAGCGGGAUCGUGAUCAGCGUGUCGAAAACUACUAGAAAACAUAUAUUUCAUUGAAAAUCUCGAUUGCAAGUUGAAACAGUUCCCUUGUGAGAUGUCACUAGGUUUAUUAUUGUCGCAGUUGAAAAAUGUGGCUGCCGGAAAGAAAUAAAACUCAUAUUUCGUCAGUCGCGUGCGGCUGUGCGUUGCGGUCGGGAAAAUAAAAAAAAAUGAAAAAACUCACAUUCUUAUGUUUUUCUUUCAGAUCACCCUUGCUCUCUUCCUUCUUUUCCAACAAUUAGGAAUAUCAGUAAUUAGUGGUGUCGCAAUUAUGAUUCUUCUCUUCCCAAUCAAUUUUCUCAUAACAAUGCUCAUUCGAAAAUGGCAAAUCCGACAAAUGUUUUAUAAAGAUGAGCGAACAAAAAUGGUGAACGAAGUGUUGAAUGGAAUAAAAGUGAUCAAAUUGUAUGCGUGGGAACCGCCGAUGGAACAAGUGAUUGAGAAGUUGCGAGAGCACGAGUUGAAAUUGAUCAAACGCGCCUCGUUUCUACGCACUUUUGCCGAUAUGUUGAAUUGUGCUUCGCCGUUUUUGGUGGCGCUCUCCAGUUUUGCCACGUUCAUUUAUAUCGACCCCAAGAAUGUGUUGACACCGGAGAUUGCGUUUGUUUCGCUCACACUUUUCAAUCAACUGCGAAGUCCGAUGUCGCAAAUUGCGGAUUUGAUUAAUCAAACGGUGCAGAUUGUUGUGUCGAAUCGACGGUUGAAAGAGUUUUUGUAUUCGGAAGAGUUGGAGGGGAAAAUGGUGGAGCAUUGUGCGAAUGAUGGUGAGGAAAAGCUUUGCUGAAAAUUCGGAAUUUUCAGCCAAAUUCUAGCUUACAAUCUAGCUUUGAAAAUCGAAAAUUUUCAAAUUCAAAUGGCCGGGCAACGGAGAUUAUGAGCACUUUUAAAAAUCCAAAUUUUUUGAUCAUUUUUCGAAAAAUUGGGACUUUUCCAUCAGAAAAUCCACGUGGCAUUUGAAAUUUUCAAAUUUUUUAUAAUAUUUUCUCAAUAAAAUUGGGGGAAAAUGCAAUUUUUAAAGAAAUUUUGAAACAGUGAAAAUUUGUGAACAAAUUAUUUCUGAGAAAAAAUCCACGUGGAAUUUUGGGGCCAAAACUUUCAAUUUUUGGCCAUUUUUCACCCAGAAAAACACCUAAACAUUCUGUUUUACGCAAAAAUCCACGUGGCAAGGAAAAAUUUUCAAUUUUUACUAUCUUUUGUGGCCGAACUAUUUUAGUGGCAGAGAAAUGUCGGGAAUUCGGCCACUCGCUCCAAUGAGAAUCAUUGCAACAUUAGAGCGAGUUUGUUGCUUUGGCGAAUUCCCGACAUUUCUCGGCCACCAAAAUAGUUCGGCCACGUAUAUCCUUCACUUUUUCUGAAAUUUAUGUUCAACUUCAUUUUUUUUGUGAAGUAACUGCAUUUUGUGUUUCAUUCAUCAAAAUUUGAAGAUUUUUAGAAGUGCUCAUAAUCUCCGUUGCCGGGUUAUUUAAAUUUGAAAAUUUUCAAUUUUCAAAGCUAGAUUGUUGGCUAUAAUUAACUAAGGUUUGGCUGAAAAUCCGGCAUUUUCAGAAACAUCUGACAAGGGAACCUUUUAAAAAAAUUUCCCAUAUUUUAUUUGAAAAUUCAAAAUUUCAGACGGUGAUGCAAUUGUUGUCAAAGAUGUCUCGCUCACCUGGGACCCAACAUCCACCCAAAUUUCCCUUGCAAAUCUAAAUUUCAAAAUUCAACGCGGUCAACUGGUUACCGUAGUCGGAAGAGUUGGUUCGGGAAAAACCUCACUUCUACAAGGACUAUUGGGCGAGAUGCAAAAACUAAAGGGACAUGUCGGAAUACACGGCCGAGUCUCGUAUGUCGCCCAACAGGCGUGGAUGCAAAACAACACGAUUCGUCAGAAUAUCACGUUUGGCAAACAGUAUGAUGAGUAUUUUUAUUCGCGAGUUUUGGAUGCAUGUGCGCUCCAUCGAGAUUUGCAAAUUUUGCCGAUUGGAGAUCAAACGGAGAUUGGAGAGAAGGGGAUUAAUUUGUCGGGAGGACAGAAGGCGAGAAUAUCAUUGGCUCGCGCGGUUUAUCAAAAUUAUGAGAUUUAUUUGUUGGAUGAUCCGAUGUCUGCUGUCGAUUCGCAUGUUGGAAAUCAACUAUUUGAUAGUGUCAUCGGACCGUUUGGAAUGCUUCGAAAUAAGACACGAAUCCUAGUCACCAAUGAGUUAUCAUUUUUGGAAAAGUCGGAUUUGAUUAUUGUGAUGAGUCAAGGAACAAUUGGAUAUUGUGGAAAUUAUGAGGAUUUAAGGAAAUCUGGUUUUGAUGAAUUGUUGAGUGAUUGUGAGAGGGAACGAGAGACGCAGGAACGCGAAGUGAAGGAGAGAGAAGAAGAGGAAGAGGAAGGAUCGGAACCCGAAGGAGGUUUGGCAUUUUUUAUGCAAUUUUCAGCUUUUUUUUUAGAGAUUGAUACCUGAAAAAAAGAUGUGGCCGAACUAUUUUUGGUGGGCGGCAAAUGUCGGGAAUUCGGCCGCCGUUUCUCGAAACGCUAGAGCGCGUUUGUUGCAUUGGCCGAGUUUCAGGCAUUUCUCGGCCACCGGAAUAGUUCGGCCACAUGUAAUUCAAUUUUCAGCUUUUUUUUCUGAAAAUAGAGGUUUUUAGCUUGAUUUUGACUCAGAAAAAGAUGUGGCCGAACUAUUUUGGUGGCCGAGAAAUGUCGGGAAUUCGGCCAAAAAGUUCGACCUUUGCCACGUGGAUUUUUGCGUAAAACAGAAUGUCUAGGUGUUUUUCUGGCUGAAAAAUGGUUAAAAAUUGCAAGUUUUUGACCCCAAAAUUCCACGUGGAUUUUUUUCUCAGAAACAAUUUGUUCAGAAAUUUUCACCGUUUUCAGAAUCUUUUGGAAAAUCUUAUAAAAAAUUUGAAAAUUUCAAAUGCCACGUGGAUUUUCUGAUCCCAAUUUUUCCAGAAUUUUUCGAAAAAUGAUCAAAUAUAAAACAUUUUUCCGUUAAAAUUUCGAACUGCCACGUGGAUUUUUGCAGUUCCCGAUUUCGAUUCGGAUUCGGACUACGAUGAUGAUGUUCUGGAACACCCAUCCGCUUCUCAAUUCAACACACACGAUCUUCUUGGCACCAGCCACGUGUCGACAGUAUCUGGCAUUUUGACACGUCGCCAUCGUCACACGAGCACCGUAACCCAUGCGCGAGUUGGCCGGCUGCCAUCAACCCGCUCAAAAUAUUCGAUCAACGCCGCCGGCCGAUUGAUUGGCGCCGAAAAAGUGGAGACGGGACGGGUGAAGGUGAAGACGUAUGCCACGUAUUUCGGAGCGAUGGGAUUCAUGACGGCUGUGUUGUUUGUGUUUGGAAUGACGGCGAGUAGUGUGGUUGCGGUGUUGAGGAAUUUGUGGUUGACGGAUUGGUCGGAUGAUAAUUCGAUACUUGCUCAACAUCACAAGAAUAAUACAACAAAUACGGUUGAAAUGAGAUUGGGAGUUUAUGCGGUGCUCGGAUUUUCGGAAAUCAUUCUAUUAUUUGUUGGAAUGAUGUCGCUAUUACAUGGUGGAAUAUCAGCCUCACGAAACUUGCAUUCACCCCUCAUGCAUACACUUUUCCGCGUGCCCAUGUCAUUUUUCGACACAACCCCGUUUGGUCGAAUUUUGAAUCGAAUUGGUAAAGAUAUUGAGACUAUUGAUAUUUUGCUCCCGUUUAAUGUGCAAUUUUUUGCUCAAUGCAUUUUGCAAGUCUUCUCGACGGUUGUGAUUAUUAUCUAUUCCACGCCGGAAUUUGGCAUUGUUGUUGUGCCAUUGGCGAUUAUGUAUUGUAUUGUUAUGGUAAGAAUUGGAGGGGGUGGAUUACGUGAAAUUGCCACGUGUUCAUUUUCAGAAAUACUACAUUGCCACGUCACGUCAAUUGAAACGUCUCGAAUCCAUUACUCGUUCACCAAUCUAUAGUCAUCUGAGUGAAACGAUUCAAGGCGCGACAACAAUUCGAGCAUUCCACCUCACCGAACGAUUCUCCAAGUUAUCCGAACAAAAAAUCGAUAAUCACGUGCAGUGUCGCUAUUUGAACUAUGUGGCGAAUCGGUGGCUAUCGAUUCGACUCGAAUUCAUCGGCAAUUGUAUUGUGCUGUUCUCGGCGUUGUUUGCCGCGUUGACACGUGGCACAUCGACGAUGAGCUCGGGAGUUAUUGGAUUGUCGGUGACGUAUGCGUUGAAUGUGAGUUUUUUUUUAAAUAGAAUAUAUGUUUUCUAGUGGUUUUCGACACGCUGAAGACUAUUUUGUUAUGAAAACUGCAAAACUCCACUCCUUUUAUAAGUUAUGACGUGGCAAAGUUGGAAAAUUUGGGAAUUUAGAUGGUCAGAACUAGAUUUCAGAAUGAUUAUCAAACGCUAUUCUAUUAGAUUGCUAUGAAAUUCAUUUUAAAAACUAGUUUUGACCUCCUAAAGUCUUAAUUUUCCAACUUUGCCACGUCAUAACUCAAGUUAGGAAUCGAGUUUUGCAGUUUUUGACAGGGAAAUAUGUGAUCAGCGUCUUGAGAACUAUUGGGUUCAUCAAAAAUCGCGAUCGCAAGUUCAAAAACUAAACAAAUAUUUUGAAACGUACAAUUUCGGGGUAAAAAGAAAUCGGUCAAGUUGGUGUCAAUGGGAAGGGAGGCAUUCGAUUUUCAUACAUUUUCAAUAUUUUUUUCGAACAAUUUGUGAUAACCCAUCAACUCCGGACCGAUUCCGUGAUUUUUAUCGAAAAUAAUGUUAGUUAUAUAGUCUUAUCAAAUAAUGCGACCGACAUUGUACGGGGCGAAAUUAAGAUUUCGCAAUUUUCUUUUCGAUUUCGAAAUCUCCCCUGUAAAAUGUCGGUCGCAUUAUUUGAUAAGACUAUAUAACUAUCAUUCAUUUCAAUAAAAAUCACGGAAUCGGUCCGGAGUUGAUGGGUUAUCAUGAACUAUUCGAAAAAAAAUACUGAAAAUGUAUGAAAAUCGAAUGCCCCCCUUCCCAUUGACACCAACUUGACCGAUUUCUUUUUACCCCGAAAUUGUACGUUUCAAAACGUAAAUGUACAAAAAAUCUUGUUUUUUUCAGAUCACAACAGUUCUGAAUUUUGCUGUUCGUCAAAUCACAAAACUCGAGACAAAUAUUGUGUCAGUUGAAAGAGUCAAAGAAUAUUCGGAAAUUGAGAAAGAAGCUGAAUGGUCGAAGAAGAAUUGGCCAAAUUCCAAAAAUUGGCCAACCGAGGGACGUAUCAAAUUCACGGAUUAUGCGACAAGAUAUCGAGCCGGAUUGGGAUUAGUGGUUCGAGAUUUGAAUUGUGAUAUAAAGGGACAUGAGAAGAUUGGAAUUGUUGGAAGAACUGGAGCCGGUAAAUCGAGUAUCACUUUGUCGUUGUUCCGAAUAAUUGAGGCGAGUUUUGGGAAGAUUGAGAUUGAUGGAAUUGAUAUUUCGAAAAUUGGAUUGCAUGAUUUGCGAGAGAAUAUUACGAUUAUCCCGCAAGAUCCGGUGUUGUUUAGCGGAACAUUGCGAUUUAAUUUGGAUCCGUUUGAGCGGUAUUCGGAUGAUGAUAUUUGGAAAGCGCUGGAGAUGGCGAAUUUGAAAGAGUUUGCUGUUGGAAGAAUGGAUAAAUUGAAUUAUUUGAUUACGGAAGGUGGCGAUAAUAUUAGGUUGGUUGGGUUUUGUGCUGAAAAAUUUGUAAAUUUUACACUGAACAAAACUCGGAUUCAAAAUCAGCGUGGAAUUUGAAAAAAUUUAAAUUUAAAAAAUUUUCCCGUGGAAAUGUUAUGAAGUAGUCGCGCCUAAAGAACCUGAUUGUCUAGGAGUUGCGCCUAGAGGUUCAUUAUGACAAAGAGCCGCGACUUGAGAGCGUAUAUAUUAAGCAGCCGAGCCUAGAGCACCUAGUUCUCAAGUAGUUGCGCCUAGAGGUCCAUUAUGACAAGGAGCUGCGCCUUGAGAGCGUCUAUAUCAAGCAGCCCAGCCUAGAGAGCCUAGUUCUCAAGUAGCCGCGUCUAUAGAACCUAAUUGAGUAAAUUUUUGGCUCAAAAAUUGAAAACGCUUGAAAAAUCUUGAUUUUUGGCCAGUAAUUUUAGAAAUGCGAAUUUUAAUUUUUAAAGUUCUGGAACCAGGAUUCGAGCUGAAAUUUGAACACUGUCUUCAAAUCUCACAAUCAAAAAAUUAAAUUGCAGUGUUGGUCAACGUCAAUUAGUUUGCCUGGCUCGUGCUCUUCUCCGAAAACCCAAAAUCCUUGUUCUCGACGAAGCCACUGCUGCCAUCGAUCAAUCCACCGAUUUACUAAUUCAACAAACGAUUCGCCGCGAAUUCGCCACUUCUACAGUACUCACAAUUGCGCAUCGUUUGAAUACAAUAAUGGAUUAUGAUCGAAUAAUUGUGUUGAAUGACGGCCGGAUUGUUGAAUUUGAUACACCCGACAAUUUGUUGAAGAAUCCCGAAUCCGAGUUUUAUUCGCUUGCACAACAUGCGCAAAUUGUUUAA